ACCCUUUGACCUUUCUGGGGAGGAGGAAGUGGGCGGGGUUUGACCCCGGAUGCAAAACUGUUUGUCGUCCGACGUCGUCGUCGCGCCUUUUCUCUCUGCGAGCGGGACGGUGGGACAUUCAAGGCGGAGGAAUAAACUCUGUAGCUAACAUGUCUGAAGUACUGGAAGGGGAAAAGAGGAAAAGAAAGAAAGUCGAAGAAGCUGACAGUGCCAGUGCUAAACGAUCAAAGGCUGAUUCCUCUAUAUUUGAAAAUGCUGAUAAACCUUCAGAUGAAAAAUAUGGUGAGGAGCAAAUAGGAGAUGGGGAUGCUACUGGUGACAGAACAAGAAAUAGAAAAUGGACUGAUGAAACCGAGGAGUUUCCAGCAAAGAAAAAGGUUGCUGUAAGUAGUACUGGGUUUCCAGAGGAUGGACAGGACUUGGCUGAAGAAACAAAUAGAGAAACUUUUCCAGACUCUGAGAUAAAGCCUGUUAGUACUGUAGAAGAUAAUAAAACAAAUAAAGAAUAUUGUGACACGACUGAAAAAGAAGACUCCAGUACUUCUGAGAGUAGAAGAGGGGAAAAAAAACGAGAAACAGAUUCUGAAAAGAAAAAACAUACAGAAGCUGUAGCUGCACACUAUAAUAAGCUUGAAGAGGUUGGUUUGCAGCAGCGCAGUCUGAGUCGCAUUUUCCAUCUUCGGAACUUUAACAACUGGAUAAAGAGUGUGCUCAUUGGUGAAUUCCUUGACAAAGUACGAAGGCGAAAGCAAAACAUUACAGUGUUAGAUCUGGGGUGUGGUAAAGGUGGAGACUUACUGAAAUGGAGAAAGGGUCGAAUCAGUAGGCUUGUGUGCACAGAUAUUGCUGGUAUUUCUGUACAACAGUGUGAGCAGCGGUACCAAGAUAUGAGAAACCGUGGUCGUCACAACGAGAGAAUUUUCAGCGCAGAAUUUAUAACUGCUGACAGCACAAAGGAACUUCUGUCCAAAAAGUACAAUGAUCGGCACAUGUACUUUGAUAUCUGCAGCUGUCAGUUUGUGUACCAUUAUUCAUUUGAGACCUAUGAGCAAGCUGAUAUGAUGCUCAAAAAUGCUUGUGAACGGCUUUCCCCUGGAGGAUAUUUCAUUGGCACAACUCCAGAUAGCUAUGAACUUGUAAAGCGCCUUGAAGCUUCACAGACAGAUUCAUUUGGGAAUGAAAUAUACACAGUCAAGUUUCAGAAGAAGGGAGAAUAUGACCUGUUUGGCUGUAAAUAUGAUUUUCACUUGGAAGGAGUGGUUAAUGUCCCAGAAUUCCUAGUUUAUUUCCCACUGCUGAUAGAAAGGCAAAGAAAUAUGGCAUGAACUUAGUCUACAGAAAGACUUUCCGAGAGUUUUAUGAAGAAAAGAUUAAGAAUGAGGAACAUAAAUACUUCUGCAACAAAUGCAGCCUUGGAGAAAUAUCCUGCAGAUGAAAGUUCCAGGUUGACUUCAGAUAAUAAUGAGGACUAUGAGCAUGCAGAAAUUCUCAGGAAAGAUGAAAAAGUAAAGCUACCUCUUGGAACCUUGAGUAAAUCUGAAUGGGAAGCAACAAGUAUAUACUUGAUUUUUGCAUUUGAAAAGCAACAGUAGAAGAAGAAAACAAAGUUGAUGUGCUUGAGCAUUCAAAGUGACAACUAUUUUAUAUUUUUAUGUUUAAGAGUGUUCAGGACACAACCGAACACACAAGCUUAUGUAUGGCUAAUGGUUGCCUAUCUGUGACAGAUGGAAUACUUGUGUGUAAACACAUGAAAUAGGAAUUGGGAUUACUUUUGGGUGGGAUGAUUAGGGUCCUACUUUUUACAAAUAGCAAGCAUUUUGAAACACUCAGGGUGUUUUCAGCCACACAAUUGCAACUUAUUGACCUACUUUAUGGCAGCUAUCACUGUAUGAUGGUCCAAUUAUAAUAUAGCUUCCAUCCAUGUGGUAAUGCAAUUGUUACCAAGGGACUGAGGCUUUUGGUAAUGGGAUUACCAGACGCUACAGAUAUUUACAGAGCUUUCCCAAAGUAAAUUUUGAAGUAGGCACCAUGCAGCAAAUAUUAAUUUGAAAUUUCUCAUUAUGAAAUACUGCUGAACUGUAUAAAGUUAUGAAGAAGUACAUUUUCAAUUAUUGAAACAAAUGAGGUGGUAUCCAGCACCCACUACAAUCAGUAGGAAAGUUAUUGCCCCUCUUUUGGAGCUAUGCAAUCAGCUGUCUCCUUUCAGAAAAGAUAUCCUUUUCAAGCAGUUUAAGUGAAUGAAGGCAGUCUUGCAUGCUUGUGAGCUCUGUAUGCCUCAAAAUGCCAAGCUUUGUUAUUUGUUUAGCCUUUGUACAUCUCCAUUUCACAGUGUAGUAUUUUAACUGUUAAAUAAUUGUAGUUGGUGUGUGUGCUGGAAGAAUACUUAUUUGCUGUUUGUGCUCAUUGGUGUGUACUUUCCUUUCACUGUACCUGGUCAAGAUUAAAUGGAUUUCAGUUUUGUGUUA